CUUUGGUAUAUAAGAGAAUGUCCUACCGAACUCUCGAGAUAAAACUCGUGUGUGUUGUCUGUUUCGUGUCUAAAGUGUGUUAUUCCUUUGCCUUAAUUUAAAAAAACAACAGAAAAAUGCACCGGGUGUGCUUAUUAUUUUGUUUAGCGGCUGCAACAGCACAGAAUUAUGACAAUUUGGAGCCAAGGUCAGUUUCAUAUCCCAGCAAAGGUAGCUUGGGCCCACUUUAUGUUCAAGGACUAUCCUCAUCGUCAGGAUAUCGUGACAAUAGCUACGAGGAUAAUGCUGUGACUCCCACCCCUACUCCAGUUUAUCGACAACAACAACAACCAAUUUAUCGCAAACCCGCAGCUAAUCAACAACCACGUGGUCCAUUCCGUGGACCACCUCCACUAGGACCAAAUGGCCAGAGACUUCCCGAAGAAGAAUUGGAGGAAGAAAAAGAGGAACCCGAUCGUCUAAGCAUUCUCCUACCCCAAAGUAAAUUCGAUUGUGUUAACAAACAAACUGGAUACUACGCUGACGAAGAACUCAAUUGCGAAGUUUUCCACUACUGUCAAGAUAAUGCCAAGCACUCAUGGAUUUGUCCCGAAGGAUUCACUUUCCACCAAGUUCACUUAAUUUGCAUGCCUCCAAGCGGUGACAUCAGUUGCAAGAAGAGUUCUCAAUAUCAUUUUGUGAAUGAAUAUCUCUAUAAACCAUUGAACUUGGCCGAAGCCGAGAGCAAACCCAAUGUAACCUUGAGAUACAGCGAGAGAUAUUAUCCAGCUGACAUUUACACCGAUGAACGAGAAAACGAAUUUCCAAAUUCUGCCAACAGAAAACCCCUCAAUCAGCAGUUAUACCUAAACCAACAACAACACUCAAGUAUCAACAGUUUGCCAUCCGGUGGACGCCCACAACCAAAUCUCUCCCAAUAUCGUCUACCAGUAAAUCAAGUUUUCAGAAGUCCUGAAGAAGUAAACAUUCCCCUACAGCAGAGACGACCUCAAGCACCCCAACAGCUUCGAAGGUUCCCUCAGGUUCGACCUGAAGAGGAAGACUACGAGUUGAAUUAAAUCUGGUCCUAAUGGAGCUUUCCCGACCAUCGGGUACGAGGCCAGUCAUCAAGGGAAUCCUCAUCACUCAACAGAGUAUUAGAAACUGCAGUACAGCAAUUUUUUUUUUAUCAUAAUGAUGAAAGUUUUAUACAAAAAAAAAAGAAAAGAAAAUAUUGAUCGAUUUUCGAUCAUGUGACGAACAGAGGAGAUUUUUAUUGUAAAUAUAUAUUAAUUGGUGAUAUAUCUAUACGUAAGUGAUAUGAUAUGUGUAAGUUUGUCUACAAGUCGUAUUAAAAUUGUAGUAUAUAAAUAUUAAUAAUAUUAUAUGUGUAAUUAUAUAACAUGUAUUUGAUUAUUAGAACUUUGUGAGAAAUAAAAUGUUAUUGAGUUUA